GAAUUGGCUGUUUAUCAGGAGGAAUGUUUGUCCUGAGAAAUGAUUCACCGGGCGACGAUUCAUUGUUUUUCGCAGGAUUCACAGCCAGUAGGGGCGGUGAUGCUGAUAAAGUACGAUGUGGAGCAAACACCAGAGCUAAGGUUGUACAGUUUCGCGAUCAAGAAACAUGGCGCGCCGACGCUUCGACUCGCGGCGGAUACAGAAGAGGCAGCAGCUCGAUGGACGACAGUCAUCAAGGAGGCCAUUGAGAGAAACGACCAAGUCGACACCUGGCUGGAAGCGUCGUUAAGAAUGCGUGAGAUGGCGGCGUGCGCCAUUCACAGACCAGAUUGCUUUGGGUAUCUGAGCAAGCAGCAGGAACACGCAAGGAAAACAUCUUCGCCAACCGGUUGGUCGAGGCGGUAUUGCGUGCUGAAAGACGCCGCGUUGUAUUUCUACGACGACGCGAAUGCCGAGAAGGCGUUCGGUGUCGCCUGCCUUCACGGCUUCAGAGUGCACAGCAGCGCACCCACUUCUGGUGGCAGGAAGCACGCGUUCGAAUUGCAGCCACCAGACCCCACGCAGAGGAGUUACAUCUUCGCCACGGAAUCAGAGAUGGACAAGAAACGGUGGCUCGCAGCACUCGAAUAUUCGAUCGAUCGAUGGAUAAAGAUUGGUUGACAAAGGCCGACCUACCGUACGAAGAA